AUGCCAGGGCUAUUUGCUGCCAACAAUCUGAUAAAGAGCAGAAAGGCCAAGAGACUAGCCGAUACUACUUACAGAAAGCGAGCCCUUGGGACAAAGUACAAGCAUAGUGUGCUUGGAAGAGCCCCACAAGCAAAGGCCAUCGUUCUGGAAAAGAUUGGAGUGGAAGCCAAACAACCAAACUCUGCUAUAAGAAAGGCUGUUAGGUGCCAACUGAUUGCCACUGGAAAGAAGAUAACGGCAUUCGUGCCCUAUGACGGAUCGGUUACAUACAUCGAAAGCAAUGAUGAGGUAACCGUAGAAGGAUUUGGUAAAAAGGGAAGAAGUUUUGGAGAUAUUCCUGGAAUUCGGUUCAAAGUCUGCAAAGUACAGAAUGUGUCUUUGCAUGCAAUAUUUACAGGAAAGAAGGAAAAGCCUUCAAGAUAA